ACAAGUUGGCCGUCUCCAUAUCCACAGAUUCGGCUUGUGCAGUUUCAGUUAUCCGCAGUUUGCCAUGGCCCGAAAAUAACCCUUAAAUUUGCUUAAUAAUGGCCCCAGAGCACAAAUGUAGUGAUGGUGGCAGUUCUUCAAAGCCUACAAGAAGCCGUGAAGUGCUUCCCAUUAGUGAAAAAGUGCAUAAUUUAUCAAUGAAACUUUGUCAUAGGCAUGUACGUAUGUAAAUGAAAAAAAUGACAUACUGUAUACUGUAAGGUUCACUACUAUCUGCAGUUUCAGGUAUCCACAGUAGAUCUUGGAACAUAUCCCCCAUGGAUACGGGGGACUACUGUAUUCACAUGAAGCUCUAAACUCAUAUUGGUCAUUCAGCAAUGGAACAUAUAAUGAUGUUAGUGACCUUUAAUUACUGGUAAUCAUUUUUACUGAUGAAACAAGAGAUCGUUCAAUAUUUUGUGCUAGGUGUGCUGGUCUUUUCUUUCUGUUUCAUUUAUGAGCAGGAAAAUCUUACAAACCUUUAAUAACAUUCAUUGUAGACUUACCUUUACUUUUCAGUAUGUUUCUUAAUAGUUCUUAUUCCUGUAACAUUUUCCUUCCACUCUAAGAAGCUUGGUCUAAGACCUGGCUGCUGGAAUGAUUUGUAUUUGUAACAACCUGUAGCAACGUAUAUAUAGUAAUGUUGUCUCCUGCAGACGCAGAUAUUGGAGCGCAUGGUUGGUGACCGUGUGUGUGUUACCCGACCUGAAGAGGACCGCCGGAGAAGGACCAUCAUCGUUGAGAAGGAGAACAAUUCCUUUGGUUUCACCAUCCAGAGCUAUGGGAUCCACUAUAAGAAGGAUGGUGAAAUAGAGGUAAUCACUUAUGUAGACUUCGUGGAAUAUUCAGGACCUGCCUUCAGAGCUGGCAUGAGGCAAGGAGAUGUCAUUCUAUCCAUUAAUGGACAUGAUAUGGAGAAAGCUGAUCACAAAGCCUUGGUCAACUUCAUCCAGGGUUGUGGUGACAGGAUGCGUAUGGUGGUCCUCUUUGAGGACUGUGUCCACAAGGUGGAACUGCACAUGAGGUACAUCCAGCUGCAGCGUCUUCUGCAGGAGAAAAUGGCUGACCUGGAGCGCUUGUGUCAUCAGGAGAAGUCACUGCUAGCUGGUAAGUUGGCAACUUCCCCAGUGCGUCACGCCUUCAACAUCGCUCACGCCCGCUUGAUGGAUUGGCUGAGGGCACAACGCCGGCUUCUCCCGCCUCCCCGGGACCUCACCUGCCUCAUCCCAGUUUCACUCUCCACUUCCACCACUACCUCCACCCUUCAUACACAGACUGCUGCUGCCCACCACUCCCAUUCUGCUGCAGCUCACCGCCACCACCCAGGUGUCCCACACAGUUGCAAGCACUCAGCAGGAGUCUCCAUGCAUGGCCACAUACACCACACUUCCAGCCUCACCUACCAGGAGGAUGACCCCAUUUCAGAAGACAGUGGGCGGAGAUAUUCCCGAAGAAUGAGUGGCAGGUCCUCACCACAAGUACAAGACAACAAAAGUCAAACUUCCAUUGUUAAGGCACAAAGUGAAAUUAGGAAUGUAGAGAAGAUUUCAUCACCCUCUUGCACAGUAGCCUCUCCUACAGAUUCUGUUCACCAUAAAGAUAGUAGUGUGUAUAGCUUCAUGAGCUGGAACGCAAGUACUUACUCUGAUAUUAGUAUUAAUCCUCGUCUUACACACAGUCAGGUUGCUAGUUGUAGGGUUCCAUGGGGCUCAGAUAGACUUUAUGCAAAUGCAUCUAGUGACUUUCAUAGCUUGCCUUGUGGAGGAGGGCCCAUGUAUCCCAUUGCAUCACCACAGCCUUCCAGUGGCUGUGGUGAUCCAAUGUGUUCCGCAAGCCAUUCUCUUAUGUUUGGUUCUGAGUGGAAACAGCAGAUGUUAGGUAAUAAGGAAACUGGGGAUAAUAGGAAAAUGGUAGAGGAUAAAGAAGGUAAAGGUUUCCAUAGUCACCGCCGAGCUCUCAGUGCAGAGGCCUGGAGAUAUCCUCGGGACAGGGAAAGCUGGCAUGAGGGAGAAAUAAACAAGUACAGAAAAAAUCAGGCUGCUUUAGAUGCUCCUUAUGGUAGUGACUCUGUCUCACAAGAUGGGACACUUCUAGCUAAAUCCAAAAGCAUUGGCCCCAAAAGAGGAAGCUUUAGUAGGAAAGAUAGCUUUAAACAAUUAAGUCGACAGAACAGCAAAAGUGGGAGACCUGAAAUUCCCAAAAAGAAUUCUCCAACAAUGGAAGAUGUAAGCAGGAAAAUGAAGCCACCCUUUAAGAUGAGUAAAGCAUAUUCCAUAUCAUGUAUGCCAGGUGACCACUGCCUCGCUUAUGACUCUGUAAUUAAAGAGUUUAAAACAUCUGUUACUCAUGAAACUAAGAAGGAAGAAGAACCUAAAUCUCCAUUUGAAAAGAUGAGUCUUAGUGGUCUAGAAACAUAUGAUCGUAGUCCAAAACAUUCACACGGUCCUAAACAGGCAUCCAUAUUUAAUUAUUCCACAUCAAGUUUACCACAUCGUAGGAAUUCUAGGAGUAAAAAGAAGAGAGAGUCUAGUUCAUCACAUCGAGUAAAAUCUAAUUCCCUGGAUGAAGACAAGUUAACCAGUAUAUCUGGCUCUGAUGAUGGCCAAAAAAUUGAGUAUGGUUUAGAAGACAAUAGGGAAUCUAGUUCUGAAGUAUCUUCCCAUGUCCGACCAUCUGAGCUACAUCUACAUCAGUUUUUAUCUUUACCCUACACAUCUGGCAGACUUACAACUUCACCCACAGAGAACUCUCCCAUGAUUGUACGUGGAGGCUCUUUUCAUGCCCCCCACAGACCCAGGCAAAACUCUGGGGAAAGGCACUGGAGUCUUUCUAGACCAAAAAAGGGUACUCCUUCAAGCACUCGUGAAUCUAGUAGAUCAACUCAUAGGCAACGCUCGUGUAAUUCGCUGUGCGAAAAUUCUUUUGAGAAAAUAAGAGAUGGCCCACAAAAGAAAGCUCCGUCAAUCAGUCGUUCCGAGUCUCUUCGGUUAUCAUCUCAGUCUUUGACUAGUGCUUUUAUCACAAGAGAAUGUAUAAAAGGAUCUUGUACUCACAGCAUUAAACCACUUCCAACUAACAGGAUUCAGAUUAAAUCAAGUAGUCUUGAGAACAGGCAGGAUGUGGGAGAUGGAUCAAAUUCUUUCAUAAUGAACCGCAUAGGUUGUUUUGUUAAAGAUGAUUUGUCAUCCAAGGAGACUUGUGGCAGUCCUGCUACAUGGAGAAGAACAGUGAGAGAAGAUAGACAAAACCAAUCUUCCAGUGAAAUGUUUAGUAGAAAACCUGAAUGGAGUAGUAAUCUUGCAGAGAAGAAUAAAUGGAAAGGUUCGAGUACAAUCCGGCGAGAAGGGGGACAUAAGGAUGGUGGGAGGGAAAUAGAAGGGAGGAUUAGCAUAACAGCAAAUAAGAAGGGUGAGGAAACAAGAGCUUGGCAAACUCAACGAAAAGGGUCAUUCAAGUCUUUGUCAAAACAAAAGUCAUGUCAACAGGAUUCAACACAUCAUCACUCUGCUAAGCACGAACAGCAACAGCCGGGGCGUAAGAGCCGUCCAGAUUCUUUAUAUUCAUGGACUGGAAGCUGUGACCGCUUAAGUUCAGCAACAGAUCACUCAGGCAGGACAGUAGUGUCGGCGCGAUCACGUUCUCUCUGCACUGAUUCAUUAGUCACUCCAGCACGUGAUGUGCCAAACUCGGCUGGUGAUGUGUACCGUUUUGCUCCUCCUCCACAGGAACCCAGAGUAAGAUCAGAUUCACUGGAAGCUCGCUGGUCAUCAGACAACUCUCUCGAGGAUCGUCCAAAUGAUGGACGCACUCCUACUAAUUAUGAUAGCUUAUACUCAGAAGUAUCCAGUGAAUCAUCUGUGUAUGGCACACCUUUGCCUCGACAAUGUUUAGUGCCUCGGGAGGAUCGUGGUAUUUUAUCUGACGAUGAAGCCUCUGUUGAUCUUGAUGCUGCACCACGCCCUCGAAGAAGCCAAGCAUCGCGCAGGAGAAAGUCACAAGGCUCUCGAACAAAUGAUGAAACGCCAGUUGUUGGGGACAGGAAUGCCUUUACCCCACCAGCCUCAUCAUAUCCACCCUCUUGGCCAGGCAUACCCUCUAGAGCUGCAUCCUCUCCUCAUGGCUCUUCAAAUGGUGAAUGGUUUCAGGCUGGGGAUGUGAGCCGAACAGUUGGGGCUCUGGCUGAUUCCUUAUCUGCAUAUCGUACCAACCUUGUUUAAGCAGAUUUAU